AUGUAGAAUGCAAAUUUGGAUAUUUGUUAUUAUUAAGUUAAUGUAUUUAAUGGUAAUGAUAUUGUAAUUUAUAUUAGUCCAGAGUUUAGUUAGUUCAUAUAUGAAAUUAAUAUAAGUUGUUUCGACUGGUAUACAUAACCUCUUACUUUUGGAUAAUCAUUAACUUAUAUUAUGGAUGCAUAAAAUAUUACUCUAAUUAUAAAUAUUCAUAUUAGGUAGUUAAAGAGAUACUAAACAUCUAAGUUAUUAUGAAAUGAAAAUCUAAGAUAAUGCAACAUAUGCAAUAAAAUUAUGUAAUUGA